UGUCAUAUCUACCUUUGGUGUAGCCUAUGUUUUAGCUCCUGCGCAUUUUCACCACUUCAGUCCGCGUUUAACAUGGUGUCAGCAGGUUAAAUGUCAGUCGGCAUGAAGCUGGCAGAUGGCGUGGCACUGGACGGCUGACCCGCAUUUGCUGUUCGUCAUCGCGCCUCUUCUUUUUUUUCUUUCUUCCGAGCGUCCUCCUGCGUGUGCAUAAAUGCGACGGCCUGAUUUCAUAACGCCGCGGUGAGGAAGAGAGGAACGAGGCUCCGAGAAACGGCUGAACAUCAGAGCCCUGUGCAGAGCAAGCGGCUGCAGCAGAGCCAUCUCUCCCCGCUGCACGUCGGUGCCACGCAGAGGAUGCUCUAGAGGAGAUGCGCCAUAGCGGAGGCUGCUGAUGCUGCGGUUCUUUGCGUCUUGAGCAUCAUCGCCGCGACGGCCAAAGAGAGAGGCGAGGCGGCGAAGAGGAGGGGGUGGGGGGGGGGGGGGUCGAUCUCCGGAGCCACUAAGGGACUCGGUAGACAGGACGGCGGAGGAUGGAGUUCAAGCAUCUGGUGGAGGCGGCGGAGAAGUGGUGCUCCGGGAACCCGUUCGACUUGAUCUUCGCCGAGGAGAACGACGAGAGGCGGCUUGACUUUUACGCAGAGCCCGGCGUCUCUUUCUACGUGCUGUGUCCCGGCGGCACCGACAGCUUUCAUGUUUGGAGUGAGAGCGAGGACUGCCUUCCUUUUCUGCAGCUGGCCCAGGACUACAUCUCCUCCUGCGGGAAAAAGACUCUACUGGAGGUGUUGGAGAAGGUCUUCACGUCCUUCAGGCCUCUCCUAGGUCUUCCAGACAUUGAAGACGACAGCUUCGAGCACUACCACGCUGACAUGGAGGGGGAGCCUGGGCCCGACCACCAGCAGAUGGGGGUCAGCCAGCAGUGAUGAUCCGCCGAGAGGACGCCCAAGCCUGGGCUGAGCUGCUGUGGAAGACUUGGGCCUUGAUACCUUAGCUCACUUAACAGCGCACACUCUUGCAAACUUAUAGUUGACAUGCUGAAAUAUCACCACCUUGUUCUUGAAUGUUUCAGUGGCUUUGCUUUCCAAAGAGUGCACCUUGUUGAACCCUCCCCCUCCCUCCUUUUUAUCAAAGACACACAGACACACACCUAUUCAAAUUUACAUUUCCACACGUAUAUUGGGACUUUGUAUUGACUUCUAUUCAUUGUAGUAAUAGCCUUUCUGCCUAACACCAACACUAACUCUUACCUUUACCAGUAUAUUCCUAGAGCUGAGCUUAACCAAAGCUAAAUUCACACCAGACCUCUGAACAUAACACCCUAAUUCCUAAAAAGUAGCGUUCGCCGAAUUAGGUCCCUGUAAGGCCCGUCGGUCUUCAAAAGGCUGGUGAAUACAACAGACAAGGUCUUGAUAAGACAACAAAAACAAGUACACACACACACACACACACACACACACACACACACACACACUACACUCAUACUUUGGGGCUACGUGAGCUGUGGCCAUGUACAAGGCGAUAAGUGUUAUAAUCAUCCACCAUCCGGUUAGUUAAAGUUCCACAGCAAUAUUACAUCGGCUUCGUUAUGCAGAAACACAUCCAGAUGUUAAGGCAAUACGCAACUCCCCCCGCCCCCCCCUCCCCCAACCCUCCGUGGAGAUGAAUGUGGCAGAUUGCUUACUUUCCCUGCCUGUCUGAUAUAAAUGACGCACAAAUAAACAACAAAGGGGAAAAACUGACAGUUUGUGGCUACGCGAGGCAGCUGAGAGUGCAACUUCUAGCAGGUGCAGGAAAGAGAAAGGGAAGUGAGUAAAGCCGUGCAGUUAGCUGUGGCACAGAAUCACCUGAGCAACGCCGAGCAUACUUAUUGUCAAAUAGGUUACAGUGAAUCCCUCAAUGCAACCGCUCCUCGUGUGGAAUAGAGACUCUGCAGCUUUUACAGUAGCAUGAACCAUUUUAAAAGUGUUUGUUAAUGUUUGUAAAGCUGUGCAUCGAGAAUUAGUUGAAAAGCCACCCCAUGAAGAUCUUUUAACCACCGUCGCUAUCUUAUGACCGUCACAAUAAUAGCCCACGCUGCAGCUUUAAUCCUCCCCUUUUUUUUUUUUUUUUUUUUUUUUUUUUGGGGGGUGUCUUAUCACCACGCGACACCCUGCCUCUUGAAUGUUGUAGUCUUCCUGUUGGUCCAAGGUGUGCCUCUCUUCCUGGGCACCACCUGAGGAGAUACUAUUGUAAAGCUUGCCAAAAUCCCUCUUUUCAUGAAAUGUUUUGAAUCUGUUGUCUCAUUUAGGAGUUCUUCUUAUUCAUAGGUUUGCAAAGGGACACACCCACACCCCUGGAGUGCAUGGGAGGAAGGGGGAACUAGAUGCUGUUGACCCCCCCCAGUCUACCCUUCGUUGAAUGCUAUCAGACCUGGGACUUUCAUGUGUCUUCGAUCCGUGUUGUUCGUAUGUUGCUUACUGGGCUGGGUUUAGGAGGACGCGGGCUCCCGGGGCAAAAGCCAGUCUGGUGACCCAAUCUACACAUAAUAACAAUAGAUAACUAGUCAGGUACACAUCAACUUCAAGGUUUUUGGGCUUUAUCAUUUCUUUUCCUGACAUUAUCUUCGUAUGUCCAAAUUUCUAAAAAAAAAUGUAUUGGCAGACUUUCAGGGGUGAGCUUAUUGGCCAAACAAGGAUUAUGACUUCUGUAAAUCGGGUCUAAAACAACAACCCACAGUAUGUAAAGCAACCAGCCUUUAAUUAGGAAAGCAAAAUGUUUUUUAAACCUUUCAAAGAAAAAAGAAAAAGGUCCCCAUGGGCUUCAGAGACAGGCUGUAUUCCCCAUAUCCACGUCUUUCAGUAUGCAGCGGGUGAACAUACCGUCUUCUUUCACGUCUCUAGCCCUUCAUUUAUUUCUCUUUACCUGCCAUAUACACACCAACUAUUCUUCAGGAUUGUUAACAACACUGCGCGCAGAAAGUGUUGGUGUGUGACGUCAGCUGCUUCUUCUCUUGUGUACAGGAUUUCCACCGGUUGUGUUGAGUUCAGCCCCCCCACCCCCCCGGGUUUUUGGACAAUACUGCACCUACGUCCGCUUUAAGUAUAACAAUUCUGCAGCGCAUCUACGGGCUUGUGCGCUGUCCACACAGACCUGCGCGACAACCCAACCCGCUAGUAUAACUUUGCCCUCAGAGACACAACAUGUCAGGCCUGUACGUUGGAAGGUGACUAAAAUACACCUAAAACAAGAAAGCAAGCAUACAGGGAGGAGUCAUUAGGUGUGACAAGCAUGGGGCUGAGGAUUACAUUAAAUGUGGGGCCACAUACGCUUAUUGGUUUUCCACAUGCGUAACCAUCAAAUUAAACAUCGCACAGUAAGUUGGGAUACAAUUUAGAAAAUACUGUGUUUACAAAUAUGCAUUCAUUCAAGGAAAGAAAAUGUUUAGGUGACCUCAAAACCAGGGGACCCCCUGAGCUUUCAUAGUAAGCAGUUUCUCAAGUCCAACCCGGUGCAAUGAUAUGUUUCUAUGCCGGUGGGUUGGAGGGAAGUGUCGUUGAUGUGUACUUAAUGUGUACUUAAUGUGCUGACAAUGUGCAAACAGCCCGUUUCAUGCGAACAACACCUACUUUGCGUGCCUAAGACACAUGAAAAGUCCUGGGUUUUUGCCCCCCCCCCCUCCGGCCUUCCAUAAUGCAAUGUUCCUUUCAAAUCUCAGUCAAUGCACUGCAACGCUUCCUUUUGCUUUCUAUAGCCACGUCCCCAUAAAGGACUAACUGCUUCUCCGCCAAGUUACUUUGCCUUGUAAAUGUUUCGUUAUCAUCGUCAUAAUUUGCCCAUUUGAAUGUUUUUCAUGCAGUGUAUUUUCCGUUUGUCCUCUGACGUGUGCGACAUUGGUCAAUAAAUGGUGUGAACUGAGA